AUGGUUGCAGAAUUAGCCGCCCAUCACAGUCCAAACUGUGGGGCUGUAUGCAAUGACUCUGCAGCUUUGGCGAGCCAAGGGCCUCCGCUGCUGGUCGAUGCCUGGUUAGUCCCCACUUUUUUUGGGCUCAUCAUGCUGGUUGGUCUGGUUGGGAACUCGCUGGUCAUCCAUGUGGUCACCAAGCAUCAGCAGAUGAAGACUGUCACCAAUUUCUAUAUAGUAAAUCUAGCUACGACUGAUAUCUUGUUUCUGGUUUGCUGUGUGCCCUUCACUGCCACACUGUACCCACUGCCCAGCUGGAUUUUUGGAGAGUUUAUGUGUGGUCUGGUUAACUACCUUCAACAAGUGACUGCACAGGCAACCUGUAUCACUCUGUCUGCUAUGAGUGUGGACCGCUGCUAUGUGACUGUCUAUCCUCUUCAGUCCCUCCGACACCGCACACCCCGCAUGGCUCUGGCUGUCUCCGUGUCUAUCUGGAUAGGCUCUUUGCUUCUGUCCAUACCAGUGGCUGUGUACCAGCGCCUGGAGUCAGGAUACUGGUUUGGCCCUCAGACGUACUGCAGCGAGGUCUUCCCCUCUGCCCUCCUCCAGAGAGCCUUCAUCAUCUACAGCUUCCUGGCCGUCUACCUCCUCCCCCUGAUUACCAUCAUUGCCUGUUACGCCUUCAUGCUCAAGCGCAUGGGUCAGCCUAGCGUGGACCCCACUGACAGCAGCUACCAACUCCAGGCUCAGGCAGCGCGAGCAGCGGCAGUGCGCGCUCGAGUCUCCCGCAUGGUGGUGGUGAUGGUGGUCUUGUUCCUCAUCUGCUGGGGGCCCAUCCAGGUCUGCAUCCUGCUGCAAGCUUUUGGCUUUCGCAGUUACAUUCUAUACAAGCUGAAGAUUUGGGGUCACUGCAUGUCCUACUCCAACUCCUCUGUCAACCCACUGGUUUAUGCAUUCAUGGGCAAUAACUUUAGAAAAGCCUUCAAACAUGCCUUCCCUGUCAUUUCUCUGUGGCGUAUGAGAGGGAGAGUCAGGGUGGCAAAUAUGGACGCAGAGGAUGGGGGAGAGAUGGAUCACCAGGCACCCAAAGAAGAAGCAGAAAUGCACUUUCUUUCAUCUGGGUCGUAAAGGCCACCCUGGCCGUUUGGACACUGUGCUCUCAUUGUUUAUUUAUAGCUUGUUCUGAAGAUGAGAACAACCUGCUCACCGUGGUAUGCAUGGACAUACAAGCAACACAUACAAAGAGAAAGUAGCAACAUGGUAUGAUGGUUCCACAUAACUGUUUUUGGCAUAGCAGAGAAAGUACUUACUUUAGUAAAUGAAAGGUUUCAACAUGCACACGAACAUACAGUGUCUGUGCCACAUGAGUAUUUAGAAAGAAUGACUCGGAUGGUUCCUCUCGUGACUUGUUAUACAAUUAUCUUAAUCAAGUUUUUCUGGACUGGUUUGACUGAUGCAGCUGGUGUGACUUCUGUCUUAUUUGGUAUUUCUUAGGCUGGUGAAAAACACUGUACUUCAUUUGUUAGUGACAAUAUUUCUAUAGUACAAAUUUAUGGUUCAAACAAUUCUCAGCUUUUACACUGUGAAUCUUUUCCGUUUAUUCACUUUUAUCUCCUGCUCCUUCUGUGAUUGUCAAUUUUCCAGACUGUCCCAUAGUCCUGUUUUCUGCACGUUGUUCUUCCAUAUCUUUACAAAGCACAGCUUCACAUACCUGCUCUUGUAUUCAUUGUGUAAGCCUGAUUAUAGCCAUUCACAUCUGAGAUAGAGUCAUUUAUAGGUAAAACUUGAAGUAUGUUUAGUUACAUUUAGCCUCCAUACAGAUAAUCUGUACUUUAUAGAUGACUUACUUGAACAUCAUAUGUGAUGUUUGAAAUUUACAGAAUAUCCUAAAACUAAUACUGUAUCUUUACAGAAACAAUGACAGAGCUGCGCUAAUUUGUGGAACAUCCAGAUUCUUGCAUUACUGAAUUUUUCGUGAUUAAAUUCGAGUGACAUUGGGAAUUUGCAGCUAAAUGUUGUUACUGCUGUUUAUCAUUGUUUGAAAGAGAUAGUUUGGGAGACAGCGGUAGGCUUUAAAGCAAAUUCAUGAACUUGGUAUCUUAAAAUUUCCUACUGCAAAACUUCAUCCAGUCAGUUCAGAGGAACUUUGUGGUUUCUAUGCUAAUUUUAUAUAUUGAAAGAUAUUUAUUCAACAGCCUACCAGGUUAUAAUGUUGCUA